AGGUGUCGACCCUUCUUUGCACGCCUAUAAACGUGUUCCCCCAGAGAUCUCAGUUCUGAUUAUUCGUAGCCUUUGCACGGUUGAUUCAGCAUCUGCAGCCUCGUUAUGUUCAGAGAAUGGUUUGCUGCAUACGUAUUUCUACUUUUGGUUCGUCACUACACCGAUGCAAUGUCCUCAGAACGCCACCACGAGGCUAUCAAUAACAGACCCAUCAUCGGUAUUUUGGCUCAAGAAGUUGUUGACGAUGUCAUGAAACCAUUUGGGAAGACCUACAUACCAGACUCCUAUGUGAAAUAUAUUGAGUCCGGAGGGAGUAGAGUUGUGCCGAUUCGCUUGACCCUGACCGCUACCGAGUAUGAGAAGAUAUUCAGAUCCAUCAAUGGGUUGCUUCUCAUUGGAGGAUCAACAGACCUGGAAACAUCAGACUUUGCAAGAGUGUCAAAGAUUUUCUACCACCUGGCUGUUAAGGCCAAUGAUGGUGGCGACUACUUCCCCAUCUGGGGCACAUGUCUUGGCAUGCAGCUACUGACGGCACUGGUUGCCGGGGAGAAUCUGCUGUCCCCUACACCAGCAGAAAACAUACCGCUUCCACUUAACCUGACUCCAGAUGUUCAUUCCAGUCGAAUGUUUAAGGGGUUUCCCAGUGAGGUCAUGACUGCUUUGUCCAGAGAGCCAUUGACUGGGAAUUUUCACAAGUUUGGAAUCACAAACGAGACCUUUGCAGGAAACGAGAAGUUGCACACAUUCUACACCGUCUUGUCUACAAACGUAGCUGAAAACGGGGCCACAUUUAUCUCCACGAUGGAAGCUAAGAAUUAUCCGUUCUACGGAGUCCAGUGGCAUCCAGAAGUGAACCGUUUCCAGUGGGCCCCCGACGUGCAGUUCCCCCACUCUCCUUACGCGGUCCGAGUCUCCUCCCUGCUGGCAGAGUUCUACAUUGACGAAGGCAGAAGAAGUUUUCAUUCUUAUGACACUCCCGAUGAAGAGGCCUCUUCACUGAUUUACAACUACCAGCCUGUGUACACUAGCAACCUCACACGAUACGAGCAGAUUUACUUCUUCUGACAGUAUCUGACUGUGUUUCUGCUUAUCAUAAGCCCAAAGGUUGUGCAGUGUGUCUAAUGUUGGGAUUUUAAGAGCUCACAUGCUGAAUCAGACUUGAAUGCACAUGUAAGCUAUGUAUGCAAUGUGUUCAAUCAAUGUGGAAUAUAAAUAAAUGUGCAUUUGAAUGACA